GACAAAGUAUUAAUAGUCGGCCUCGUUGCCCUCUAUCAUAGAAAACGCUUUCGGAGGUUCCGGUGUUGUCUUCGUGAUUAGUUUCACGCUCAACUAAAGUCGAAAAGCUAGUACAACAUGGCCCGUACCAAGCAGACUGCUCGUAAAUCUACUGGAGGAAAAGCGCCAAGGAAGCAGCUUGCGACCAAGGCCGCCAGGAAGAGUGCGCCAUCCACGGGAGGCGUGAAGAAACCCCAUCGUUACAGGCCCGGAACUGUGGCUCUGAGGGAGAUCCGUCGCUACCAGAAGUCCACUGAGUUGUUGAUCCGCAAACUUCCCUUUCAGCGCCUGGUGAGGGAAAUUGCUCAGGAUUUCAAGACUGACCUGCGCUUCCAGAGUGCUGCUAUUGGCGCUCUUCAGGAGGCCAGUGAGGCCUACCUUGUGGGUCUGUUUGAGGACACAAACCUGUGCGCAAUCCAUGCCAAGCGUGUCACCAUCAUGCCCAAAGACAUCCAGCUGGCACGUAGGAUAAGGGGAGAGAGGGCCUAAGUGGCUAAUGACUCCAUUGUCAUGACAAAUGAUCCUAUUUAUCAUACUUAACCAUUUUGUGGACUUUUAUUUUCUUGGCUUUUUUUUUUUUUUUUUAAACAGUUGUUUUUUGUUUUGUUUUUUUACUUGACACAAAUCAAUCAUUCCGCAAGUGCGAGCCCCUUGCAGACAUACAAUUGUCUAUCAUUAGAUAUGGGCUAGGUUUGCUCUGUCUAAGCUUCAUUAAUGCAAGCAAUGGUUGAGAGCAAGCUAUCAUGCAUAUAAUUGUCCUCUGAGCAAAAGGGUUGUUGCCACAAAUGCAGUAUGAACUAUCAGCAUUGACAAAAGUGUAGCUACUGUUUGAAACAAUAAGAAUGAGACUUACAUGUCACUACACAAACUUGUGCUCACUCAAAGUACCAUCAAUGGAGACAGAGUUUGUCUGAAGGGGGCUUCAGAUUAUCCAUUGUGGGUCAUAUCAUAAGAUGUAACAUCACUUGACUUUAAACUUGUGGGUGCCGGGGUCCAUCUUCCAUGGGGGGCAGGAUUUUUAAUCCAUUUACCACAAAAUGCCAGCGUGUCAUGCUCAGUAAGGCCUAGUGUCUGGGUGUUGGCUACCUCAGUUGAUUCUCUAUACUUGGUAACAAAGAGCAUGGCAAACCCCUGCAUAUAUCGAUGGCUUUUUAACAUGUUUUUUCCAACAUAAAAUCUUGGCAGCUACAUUUAAUACUAUUUAUGAAAUGUUGUCACAUGUCUUUCUAUUAAAGGUCUUUAUGAGUAGUAA